CAUGGAACUUAUGGAGUGGAAAUUUAUUGGAUAUUGUCCGUUUCUCUGUGGUAUGACUAUCUGAAUUUCAUUCAAAAAUAUGAUUCUUCUGUCCGUGAAUGUUCACCCACUGGGAUCUCAAAGGCAAGGGACCUGUUUGAGCGUGCUCUUAUCGCAUGUGGUUUGCAUGUUGCUGAAGGCAGUAAAUUAUGGGAAGCAUACAAAAGUUAUGAGGAAGCCGUCCUUAAUAGCAUGGAUACGAUGGACUUUGAGUCGCGGGAAAAGCAGGUCCAAAGGAUUCGAAAUAUAUUUCAUCGACACUUGUCGAUUCCUCAUCGAGACCUGAUGUCAACUCUUCUCACCUAUAAGGCUUGGGAGGCUGAACAUGGGAACACUCUUGACGUCAGUAGUAGCAGUACAGAAGGAAUUUCCGCCAAUGUUGCUUCCGCAUAUCAGAAGGCUAUAGAGAUGUUGAGUAUGCGUGCUGAUUUUGAAGAAAAAAUUGUAAAAAAUGACAUGGCUGAUACAGAGCGGCUUCAAAGUUUCAUGGCUUAUUUGAAAUUCGAACAGUCCUGUGGAGAUCCUGCUCGAGUUAAAAGCUUGUAUGAACGUGCAAUUACUGAAUUUCCUAUAUCCAGUGAUCUCUGGAUUGAUUAUACCCACUACCUCAAUAAGACCCUAAAGGCAGACAAAACUUUGAGGGAUAUUUUUAACAGGGCAACUAGGAACUGUCCCUGGGUUGGAGAACUAUGGGUUCAGUUCAUGCUAUACCUUGAACGAUGUCGUUGUUCUGAGAAAGAGCUUUCUGAUGUUUUUGAGAGAUCUCUGCUAUGCACAUUUUCUACCAUAGAUGAGUAUGUAGACAUAUUUCUCACAAGAGUUGAUGGCUUGAGGAGGAGAAUCUUGUUUGCCAAAGAACUGGACGAUGGCUUAGAUUAUGCCUUGAUACGGGAUACUUUUCAGAGGGCAUGUGAUUAUUUGUCACCACAGUUAAAGAACACGUACAGUUUGUUGCAAAUACAUAGAUACUGGGCCCGCCUGGAGUCUAGUAUUGGGAAUGAUAUAACUGCAGCUCGUGGAGUAUGGGAGAGUUUGCUUAAGAACAGUGGGUCUAUGUUAGAAGCCUGGCAAGGCUAUAUAUCAAUGGAAACUGAGAUGGGGCACAUAAAUGAAGCUAGAUCUUUGUAUAAACGAUGCUAUAGUAAAAGGUUUUCUGGGACAGGCUCUGAGGACAUAUGCAACUUAUGGAUUAGGUUUGAGAGGGAAUUUGGUACACUGGAAGAUUUUGAUCAUGCUUCACAGAAGGUGGCUCCUCGGGUGCAGGAGCUACAGCUUUUUAGGUUACAGCAAGAGAGCAAAAAUAUUGCUUCAUCAGCAGAUCACAAGGAGGAUUCUGUAAAGAAAAGUACACGUGAAAAGAGAAAGUCUGCUUCAGAUGCACCUAAUGAACAGUCACCAGCAAAGCGGCAAAAGAAUGCCAUAGGGCAUCAAAAGGAUAAACCUCAAAGUUCAGUUAAAGCAAAUAAAGUGGAAAAUAUUGUUACUCCAAAAGAUAUGCCUCAUGGCCAAGAUGACCUGAAAACCAAAGACCCCACACCUGAGAGAUCCAAGCAAUACAGAGACCAAUGCACUGCCUUUGUAUCAAAUCUUAAUCUGAAGGCAAAUUCUGAGGACCUACGUAGUUUCUUCAGUGAUGUUGGUGGCGUUGAAGCUAUUCGAAUAUUGAUGGACAAGUUCACAAAAAAAUCAAGGGGACUAGCAUACGUGGACUUCUCUGAUGAUGCACACCUUGAGGCAGCUGUGGCUAAGAAUAAGCAAAUGUUUCUUGGGAAGAAAUUGAGCAUUGCACGCUCUGAUCCUAAAAGCAAAAGAAAAGGAUCUGCUGGUCAUAAAGCUUCAAUAGAACAAGGUGUGGGCAUAUACUCUUCUUCACUCUCUCUCUCUCUCUCUCUCUCUCUCUCUCUUAUGU